CGUCCGUCGCUCUUUGCACCGCUUUCUUGGACGCUCCACAGAUACAGUAGAGGUCCUCUGCGAUGGCUUCGACGGACCGCGCCGUGCUUUCGGCGCUGUUCCAGUCUACCCGCGGGUCUGGUUGGAAGCAGAGCAACAACUGGAACACCGACGCUCCUCUCUCGGAUUGGUACGGGGUUGACGUCGAUGGCGAGGGCCGCGUGGUGAACCUGUGUUUGCCGGAUAACAACCUCCAAGAUGGGUAGCAGCGCAGAGCUCACCUCCAGUCAACGCUGCGUGUUGGCGGUUUGCUGGGUUCUGCGAGAAGGAUAAUCAAAAAAGAGAACCCGUAGUACCUCCCAGCACGCAGUCGUACGAUGGCGCUGAUAUGGGCAGAAUCUGCCAGACACUGGACACAAGUCUUCGCGGCUUACCGUGGUCCUUGAACUU